UUUCGUAGCGUCACUAAAACUAAGUCAUGACUAACUGCUUCAACCCUUCCAGCCGAAAUACCACCUACGGAGAAAAAGAUGGGGAAAUGGCGCAGCAAAUUUUUGGUCAUAAAUGGAGCCAUUUACAGACUUCUAUGAAAGUACCAAAAUGAGACUUUUACCCCAUCGAGCAACAGACCUGCUCCCUUUUCAGACAUGUUGUCUGAGGGCCUUAGACAGUUGCGAAUUUGCAAGUGCACAUGCUGGAAUGUCAAAAGAUGGAACAAUUGCAUGGAUAUUUCAAGGGGCUGUACUUGAAGUAACAAGCACACACACUGGUCAACGAGUGUCUUUUCUAUCUAUUAGUCAGCUCUUGCAAGAUCCCAGGGCAUCUAUUGUGUGUGUCAAAGAAUAUAAGUGUCAGGGUCACAUAUGGUUACUUAUAGCCUGUAACAGAACAGUGCAGCAAGGACUGAUUUGCCUGCUGAAUGUUGGAUCAUCCAUGGUGGUGAAAACAGUUGAAGUUCCUCAACAGAUUACAUCUAUGGAGCCUGUGCUAACAGAAGGAGGGAGUGGUGUUCCCAGAUGGGCUGUCUGUGAGCAGCUUCAACAGUUCUGUGGUAUAGUGGCCAUCGGAACAGAGGGCAGCUAUGUUUAUCUUGUUGAUAUGCGAAUGGAUGACUCAAUUCCAAGUUCUCAUUCUUUACCAUGUGCUCCACCUUUAACCUUGCACAUCUUGGAUCCACGUGUGAGAGAAGUAAAUCUUAUUAGGCAACACGCAGCUGAUAGUGGGCAUCACCUUGCUCUGCAGUUAGGGGUGGAAGAGGGGAUACAUUCAGAAGACUACUUCCACUUUAGACGACCAGACCAACACACUCUUCAGUCCUUUGACAAAGAUGAAGUGCAGGUGACUUGUCUCAAAUACAUUCCUCAGAUUGGUACUCUGGCUGUUGGAUACAAUUUUGGUGCUUUUCAGUUGUGGAGACUGUACAAUCCUGCUCUUGAAUAUUCAAGUGCUAUUGAGCCUGAUGACUUACCAGUAGCAUAUUUUGUGUAUCAGGAGCCUGAAAAUGACCCCAAAAAUUUUGCCUACCUUUGGGUUGGCAGGGAUGACCGACUCAGCGAGCAGAAACAGGAAUCACUUUGCAGUGUAAGCCUAUAUCAGAUGUGCUAUGCCCAAAAAUAUUUCUAUGCCAACUAUGGCAAUUUCUAUCAGGAGCUGACAUCCAUUGUUUUGCGCAUUGAACACAUCCUGACUUCAGAUCCUUACAACAGUCGCAACACAACAACUUGGACAAGCCAGCUGCUGGCAGCCUAUACCAUCACUGACCACAGCUAUCAUCCACCUUCCAUCCUGAGCAUGAAUGACUCCUUUGAAGAUGGGUCUCUUGUACAAGACCUGAGCCUCUGUGUGUUUGUGUGGGAAGCUCAGGACUCAAGGCCAGGCAGCUCAACCGAUGUCUUCUUGUCCAUAUUUGAUAUGAAUCGGUGGUACCAUGCACAGAUGCCAUCCAGGAUCAAGUAUGUUAGCAUUGGAGGCCAGGAAUUGUGUCCAUUCUUUGCUGUGUAUCGAUUGACAGAUUUUGUGCACAGGGAUGAACAUGGAAUCUUGGUGGAUAUACAGGUUAAACCUAAUUCUCUUCUACGUUUCAUCAACAACUCUCCCAUGCCUCCAGAACAACAUUUUUAUCCAUCUUCUUUGGCAUUUGAUACUCUGUGCAUCUUCACUAAUGGCUUAAUGACACUCUCUUUCCUGGGAAUUCAGAGACAGGUUUUAGCUGAUCUAGAAGCAAGUGGACCUCUAUCUUUGCUUCAGCCCGCAGAUGUGUAUCACUGCUGUGUGCAGGUGGGUCUGCUGCCACGGUCAACAGAUAUUCCUCCCUCGACAUCAAUAGAGGAGUGUCAGAGAAAAGCCAUUCUGACAAUGGCUUUGGAGCACGACAGGGUUCGCUUUAUUACAAACUGCGUGCGCAGCUGGGCAGAUGGGGAGUUCAUUCAUCAAGGCUGUACACUUCAAUUUUUGCUAGUAUGGACAUGGGAAAGAGUGAUGGCCCUGAAGCAACAAAUUGACCUGACAAGCCAACCUUUGUAUGAUUGGUCUGGGACACCUGUAGACCAGCGCAUGAUGCAAGUGUUGGAAUCUUCUGCUUCCUCUUUAGCCCAUCUGCGCACCAUACUUCGAGUAAUGCUUACUCAGUCCUCACCAAUAACAGAACAAGGUGAAGAGGAGUUAAAGUGCCGGAUGCAGGUGGUUUCCCUUCUUCUGCAACAUCUAAAAGUGGUCAUAUGGUUUAUCCAUAGCUCUCUGCUGCCAGAAUAUGAAGAAGCUGGAGGGCCUCUUCCUUCCCACUACAUAUACCCAGCUAGUGAACUUACCAAGUGUUUAGGUCAGGCGGGCACAGCUGCAAAAGUUUGCUCUAUUGAGUCCCACAAGGUUAUUUUGAUUGAUGCCCUCAUUCACAAUGCUGGAGAUGCAGUGUCCCAGUUGUGGCGAAGUGAGGGUGGUACAGGACAGUAUCCACCACCUAGUUUGCGUGUGGCCUUAGCAACGUACCUCCUGGACAGUGUGGAUGAAAAUAUUAAACAUGCCAUCAUUCUUUAUCUUCUUUUUGAUCUGGCUGCUGUUGCACACGGAAACCAAGAACAGCUUGCAGAAAAGAUACCACAGUUUGCCAAGGCUUUUGAUGUACCCUUGGGCCUAGUUCAGCAAGUCCAUGGAUUUUGGCUUAUCGAUCACAUGAAUGCUGAGGAAGGACUCAAACAGCUCCUUGGCACCAGGGCUCGGCAAGACUUGGGUUCAUGGCAACACAACUGCAUUCUUCAAGGCUUAAUGUAUCAAGGGGAGAUCAAUACAGCCUCCCGGUAUCUGACACUGCGCACUCCACCUAUCUUUACAACUGAAGAUGUCAAAAUGAGACUGACUAUCAUGGUUGCUGACAGGUUGGUGUGGCAGGCUCUGGACUUUGUACGAUCGACCUGUGGUGCCAAUGACCAGCAAGAGAUGCUUCGGCAUGUCUUCCAAGCAUGCAAACAAUACAAACUUAUGGAGAAUCUCUUUAGACUGCCUCUGUCACACCAAGAAGAACAGUACCUUCAGAACUUUCUAUCUGAAGAUGCUGACCCCACAUCUGCAGAGCUGCUGGUCUUGCAUCUACUGCAGAGGGCACAGUAUGUGCCAGCUAUCCGCCUCAAUGAUCAUCUGCGUCACAGAGUGACUAUGGACUUCAGUGCUAAAUCACGCCAGCGAGCCAAAACUCGGAAUGUGAUUGUAGAGGGAUUCAGACAUGCGCUGCCUGCAGCUCAGCAGUGUCUCAUCAAUAAACCAUUCAGUUCAUCCACCCUUUCUGUCACACAAAGAGUUGAAGUGCCUCGACCAAAGCCACUGUCAACUGCAGUGACCAAGACAGUUGAGCGGCGAGUCAACUCUCAGUCAGCACUCAUUAUGGCAGUCAUGGACAAAGUUGCAGAGGCAGAAGCAGCAAGUGAGUGUGGAAGAAGAAGACUAGGAGACAAUCAAGAUGGAAGAUUAGAGAUGCAAGCAGAUUCUGAGCCUGUGAUAGAAGAAAGUCUUCAUCAGAGAGACAGAGCACUAGACAAUAACAACCAAGGCAUAGAUAAUCCGGGUCCGUUUCUGUGCACACCUCGAAACACACGGAGUAGGAGCCGACUCAGUCUGACAGGUACAGUUGUUUAUCCCUCCAUAAAGUCAGCUUUGACACCACACUUCCCUCUCUCUAACAUAUCUUCACCAGGAUCUCCACUUAUCCCUACAUCCACCGGUCAUACAUCCUUCAGCAGGUCAAAAGUGUUUACAGCUGACUGCAUGAGCUUGCUGCAGACACCAAAAAUAGACCAUCGUAAUACACCAGGAUUUACAAUUUCUUUGCAAAAAGCUGUCACUCCACAUUCUAUUCUAAAGGUGUCACGACUUCACACAAGCCCAACAAUAGUAAAAACCAUAAACUUCUUGCCAAAAGAGUCGCAACACAAGCAGCUAACAUUCUCUGGAGCAAUUGUGCGUCGAUCAUCUAAUUCCUCCACUCCUUCAAGCAUCUCUUCUGCAUCUACCCCAUCGUCAACAUCUGCAACUCCCACUGAAUUCUUGGACAAAACGAAGAAGACACUUGAGCCAAAUAUGCCGAAACAUCUACGCUUUGCAGAACCUGAAAUGAGGAAGGUUUCCCCAUCAUAUGGCUCUCCGGAUGGGCUGGUUCGUCGUCCUUUGAGAUCCCCUCCAGAUAAUAUGGUUGAAGAGAAAAUGGCUGUAACUGAAGACCUAAGCACUGAUGAAGAAAUUACUUUCAACUUCCUUCAAAGGAAAGCAGCAGUAGCAGAACUCACCAAAUCUGACAGUGAAUUUUCCAUUUCACCCAUCACCGUCCCUGAUUCAGGUCCUGCUGAUGAUCAUCAGUGUCUUGAGUCAGAGGAAGAUGAGGCCAUCAAAGAAGUGAUAGAUUAUGACGUUGACAUGCAAGACUCCAGCUGUGCAUUAGAUUCAGCAGUCCGUGAAAGUGACAGGAACAGGCCUGUAGAAGAGCAGAUCAGUGCUGGAAUUUUUCCUCAGGUAAAACAUUCUCAAGCGUCGCCUCCAAAAUCAACUGUUACAAGGCCUCAGUCUGCUUGUAGUGUUAAUGUAACAAAGGAACCUGCAGAGGAACAUGUUGCCAUGGAAGAAAGCCAAGAAGAGGCUUGCAAAGGAAAGGGAGAUGCUUUCACAGAAUUGGGGCCAAGUACUCUUGGGGAAGAAAGAGAUAAAGGGGGUGAAAUGGAGUCAGCAAGGUUGUCCCCAUUGUCUGGAUCCUCAUCUCAGAGGAUCAUCAAGAUGUGGAUCCCCCAACGCCAAUCAUGCUGUCUCCUCAGAGAAGCACAUCUGAACAACUAUCGGUCAAAAAAAGCCAUAAAAUCCUCUUCUUCCUUCUCUACAAGACUCAGGCAGACUAAGUCGUCCAUAAAGGAGUCCACCAUGCCCAUUCUGCAGAAAGAGGACCCACAGCCAUCUCCUGCUAAGCAACGAAGGAUAUCUGUUGACAGAGAAGGUGAGACAGAGAUACCAUCAUUACUGCUGGAGGCUGGUGAUGAUGGUAAUGUAAAUGACAACAGGUCCAGAAGUCCUUCACCGCCAUGCAAGGCAUCUCAGCAAAAUCUGAAGACUGCUACACCGGAAAGGACACGAAGAGCUUCCAAGUCAUCACUGGCAAAGAAGGACUCUCAGCUCACUAUCCAGACUGAUAGCUCUGGUGAUAUGCUGGUUCCGCUGGUUAGUGCUUCACUUUCUCCAUCUCGUCGUUCAACUCGACACACAACACCAGUGAGGACUAUUCCAACAACUGUGACUGUCAGUGCAGCCUCUGAAAGGCCAGUGACCGGUAGCUUAGAGAGAGGCAUGGACAUUGUUGAGCCACUAGCUGCAACCUCAGGUGCCCUACAGGAGGAAGAAGCAUUUGUGCCAUCAUCUCCAAGCAGAAAUUUACGAUCACGGUCAAAGACUCCAGAACUGCGACCCAUUAAUGUUGAACCUGUCACACCAGUGAGGCGCUCAAAUCGCCGCUCAAAGACACCAGAGCUUACUCGUGUCCUGCCCAAACCUUCUCCAAGUCGAAGGAGAAGGCAAAGUGAGAAUAAGAGUGAGGUUGGCAGUCCUGAAGCAGAAGAAGGGGAAUAUCCCAUCCGCAGAGCUACUAGGAGUUCGUUAGCACGAGAACGUGCAUCUUCUGCAGAUUCGACUGAAUCUGUUCCUGCUUCUCCAGGUCGUCCAUUGACACGAUCGUCAACGACCAGAGAGGGCAUAGUCUCUGAAAGCUUGAAAACUAUAUCUCCUCCAAGCACACCAUCUCGUCGAUCUUUACGUGAGAGAUCCAAGACCCCCGAAUUAUCACCUAGCCGACAGAUAACCCGCAUUAAGAAGAAGGAUACUACAAUGGAUGAAACAACUAAAGAACUUGCAGCUGUCACUGAACAAGUACGCAGUUCACGCAGACAAAAAAAGGAUGACCUUCCUAAAGCAGAAGACUCAACACUCUUGCCAGCACUAAGCAGCACCAUUGAAUUAAUACCAGGACCAGCAUCAGAAACUAGAGAACCUCAGAGAAGGAAUAAAACUCCUCGGACAAGAGGACGAGUGCCCAGUAUUGGCAGAGAGGAAGAGGAAACGAAGGCAGAACCAUCAGGGGAAACAGACAUUACUGAAUUUGAGUUUGCAGCACCUACUCCUGUUCCUAAUCUUCAUGCAGGUGACAAAACCUUGGAGGUUGCAGCAGAAGUUCCAGGCAUGGCGGCCGAUUCAGACGUGCUGACCUUCACGUUCUCAGCACCCAUUACUCGGUCAACUAGACACCUGGAUCAGCUGUCUUCAGUUUCACAUGCAGCUCCCCUCUCAGAAACAUUGCCUGGGACCUUACCUGAUGAUGAACAACCUUUGCUGAAACCCAGUGCAUCCACUACUGAGAGUCAUUUCACUGAAGCCAGUACCCGAAAAAAGAGAGAAAAAAUAAAGCUCAGAAAAAAGAGCAAGACCAUUGCGGUGCCAUCUGCUUCUCCUUCAGACAGCCCCAUCUUGCUCCUGUCACCUGGCACAGAGGCUGACAUUGAACCAGCCACUGGCACGAAGAAACAACCUUCAAUGGUAGUAGGUGGCCGAGGUCGAUCAGCUAAAAGAGCAGUUCUUGGUCGGUUACGUAAAAGACGCAAGGUUGAGCUUUGGUAAUAGUUGUUUUGAAAGUGUAGCUCUGUGCAUGUUGAACGCGUGUUAAAUUUUAAUUUGCACCUGUUUUCAGGUGUGUGUGUGGGUGCACACGCAUGUUUGUGUGUGAGAAAGUUGAGAGGGAGGAUGAUGACUGUUGUUUCUUCGCAGAGCUUGAGCUUUUUGGUGGCCAUGUAUGAAACCUGUCCAUACUUCUUCCUGGAGUUUCUCAUGUAAACUAUUUUUACAUGGCUUCAGAGAAAACAAUUUUUUUUUAACUUAGUAGGUUUGGAAGAUUUUUAAAUUUUUGCUAUUGUAGAUAAUCAGAAUCACACUGGAAUUUGUAAACCUGAGUUUACUAAAAGAGUAAUGUUGUUCUUUUCUGUAAGCCAAUAAAGGGAAAUUUAUCAGGAUGUUUAGGACAACUCUGCAAACAGUGUCAAGUUAAAAUGUUUGACGAAGUACUGAAAGAUUGCUGGCAUGUAUACUGUUAAUAAACGAAUUGGGUGAGUA